UGUAGUAGAACUCAAGACUUAUGGUUUGUAACCUCAGAUAUUUACUCCAGCGACUGUAAUCCGUUUCUUCCUUACUUCGUUUCAGUGGAUGCAUUCCUACCGCAGAAAAGGACGCGGUUCUACCUUGAUAACCUAUUCGUAUUUAAAUAGUUUGUUUUAUUUGUUGAUUUACUACGACACUUUCUUUAAAGCGUGAAGACACGCAAAGCUUGAGAUUCUAGAGUCAUUUGUAUUAAGUGGGGUCCGCAUCAAAAUGUGUGGUGUGUUGCCCUUUUAAAUAUCCGCAUUGAACGGACAGUGAUUUGACAUUUCAGCAGCGGUAGAGACCUCCAAUUUAACCGAGACAACGACUGGACCACGCGAUAGAGCAGGUGACAUAAGCAGUUUUGGGACUAAUUUCUGGAGCCUCAGGAUCUCAACAUGCCCGUGGCGUCUGCUGGCUCCGAUCCUGCUGUGCAGCAGGUCCUGGACACUCUGAGUGACAGCACCAGCUCCACCACCGCCAACGACCUGGACCUCAUCUUCCUCAAGGGCAUCAUGGAGAGCCCGGUGGCCCCGGAGAACCCGGAGGAGAUGAGGCUGGAGGCGGUGCGGGACAACAACGUGGAGCUGGUGCAGGAGAUCCUCAGAGACCUGAACCCCUUCACACACCACAGCCAGGCGGCCGCAGAGCUCGCGCGCAUCCUGAGCGAGCCGCACUUCCAGUCCCUUCUGGAGACUCAUGACUCUGUGGCCUCCAAAAGCUAUGAAACCCCGCCUCCCAGCCCCUGCGCCUUCAUGGACGCCACCAUCAGCACCCAGCCGGUGCCCCCCGACGCGGUCAGGAUGGUGGGCAUUCGCAAGGUGUCCGGUGAACACCUGGGCGUGACGUUCCGCGUGGAGAGCGGGGAGCUGGUGAUUGCCCGGAUCCUGCACGGCGGGAUGAUCGACCAGCAGGGCCUCCUCCACGUGGGCGACAUCAUCAAGGAGGUCAACGGCAAGGAGGUGGGCAACGACCCCAAGGUCCUGCAGGAGAUGCUGCAGGAGGCCAGCGGGAGCGUGGUGCUCAAGAUCCUCCCCAGCUACCAGGAGCCGCAGCCCCCCCGCCAGGUGUUCGUGAAGUGUCACUUCGAAUAUGAUCCCGCCAAUGACAACCUGAUUCCCUGCAAGGAGGCGGGACUCAGGUUCAGCAGUGGAGACAUACUGCAGAUCGUCAACCAGGAGGACCUCAACUGGUGGCAGGCGUGUCAUGUAGAGGGGGGUAGUGCUGGGCUCAUCCCCAGCCAGCUGUUGGAGGAGAAGAGGAAGGCCUUCGUGAAGAGGGACCUGGAGCUGGCAGCCGCAGGGGCGCUCUGUACUGGCAUGGGUGGGAAGAAGAAAAAGAAGAUGAUGUAUCUGACAACUAAGAACGCAGAGUUUGAUCGCCACGAGCUCCUGAUCUACGAGGAGGUGGCGAAGAUGCCCCCGUUCCGCAGGAAGACCCUGGUUCUGAUCGGGGCGCAGGGCGUGGGCCGCCGCAGCCUGAAGAACAAGCUGCUGGUCUCGGACCAGCUGCGGUACGGCACCACCAUCCCCUACACCUCCAGGAAGCCGAAAUCGGGCGAGAAGAGCGGGCAGAUGUACAGCUUCGUCUCCCGCAGCGAGAUGGAGUCGGACAUCAAGAGCGGCCGCUACCUGGAGCACGGCGAAUACGACGGCAACCUGUACGGCACCAAGAUCAGCUCCAUCCACGAGGUGGUGGAGGCGGGCAGGGUCUGCAUCCUGGACGUCAACCCGCAGGCGCUCAAAGUCCUUCGGACGUCGGAGUUCCUGCCGUUCGUGGUGUUCAUCGAGGCGCCCGACUUUGAGGUCCUGAAGGCCAUGAACCGCUCCGCCAUCGAAGCGGGAAUCGGCACCAAGCAGCUGACGGACAGUGAGCUGAAGAGGACGGUGGAUGAGAGCCGAAGGAUCCAGAGGGCCUACGGCCACUACUUUGACCUCACCAUCAUCAAUGACAACCUGGAGGGCACUUUCCGGGCCCUGAAGGCCUCGCUGGAGCAGCUGGGGGCGCAGCAGCAGUGGGUGCCCGUCAGCUGGGUAUUUUAGCAGCGGCCACGCCCGAUCAGCAGGCGCAGGCUGAAAAAAGAGAGGGGGGAGAGAGAGAGAGAGAGAGGGGGGGCGUCGUCCAGUUUGGUACAGCACAAGCCUCAAACAGAUUUGGGAGCCAGCGAAAGACGUCCGAGCAAUCCUGAUGGAGAAACCACUGAAGCCGAUCUCUGAGAGCCUCCCCUACUGGCUGGCGGACCAAAUUGGCAGUCAAAAUCCAUCAGGAUUUCACCCUCAGACUUUUGUACAAAUAUCCUUUUUCAGACAUGGUUUUUAAUUGUAUUUUUAAUUUUGUAAAACAAAGAGCAUACUUCUCUAUCUAUAUCUGUAUCUUUGAGCAAGAUGUAUCAAAAGUAAUAUGAGGCGCAGCGUGCAUGUGAGUGUGUGUGUGUGUGUGUGUGUGUGUGUGUGUGCGCAUGCGUGCUUGGGUUAGUAUUUAUUUACAGAUUGGGCUAUAGUGCUAUGUGUCUUUCGGUGUUAAAGCUGACCAUGUCUCAGUGGUUAUUGUUUCAAUAGAGGGAAACUUCUCAAUCUCUUCUGAAAUGGGCAAUACUUAAUCUGCAGUGUUGACAAUGAGCAGUGUUAGUUUAGUCUCUAAGUGGUCAGAAUAAAUAUACCAAUUGUACAGGACUGAAACAUAAUAGAUUUUAGGGCUUAUGGUCACAUACCAUAUGUUGUAAUUGUAAAUACACACACACAUAUACGGACAUGUGCACACAUAUAUAGACACAUCCCUGUUCCACUUACGAAUCUGUUAGCAUUAAAUAUAUCGCUUUGAAGGAGGGUUUCUCCCCCUCCUCAGACACAAAUGUUGGUUUCUUCCCAAGAAUUUCACACAUUGCAUUCAUUAUUCUGUACAUUCAAAUAUUGGUCAAGAACUGGAUGUUCAGUUUUCAUCAUAUUGAAAACACAAUGCAUGGCACUUACAACAUACGGACACACAAACACCGACUGUAAACGUACGGUAGCAACUUCUAGCAAGUGAGGAAAAAAUACGUCAUUUUUGUUUGUGUUUGUCGCUGGACACUAGUACUACCUCACUGGACGUUUUAUGUUUCGGUAGUACAGUGUGGUGUGAGACAGUUAUGUCAGCAUUCUCUUUUACUUUCUUCCUGGACAUCAUGUAAAGGACUGUGGAGGACCUCUUUAUGAACAGAAAGCAGCUGAGCUUAGAUCACAUGCCUGUCUGUCUGACACAGAACUGCUAGAGAUGCCCUAUCAGCGAUUCGCUGCAAAGUGUUCAUCUGUUACUGCGUGCUACUUUUUAUUUGCCAUUUUCUUUGUACGCCAUGCUGUAUGGAGCUUCUAGAAAAUAUGAACUGUGAUUUCCCCCCCCCCCCCCUUGUGUUGAUUUUGCUGACUGUACUUUGACAUUCCGUGAGGGGAUUAACCCAUGUUCAUCUCUGUUACUGCCAGGAAUGACACGUUUUCGUGUGGAAGGUGUGUGUGCGUGUGUGUGUGUGUGUGUGGAUGUUAGACACAGAUGGAGGGAGGUGGUUGGAUUUGGUGGAAUGGGACUGGAGGGCUGUGCAGCUUGAGGUGAAUGAAGAGGAAUGUGAGUAGAAUCAUAAAGACUGAGUCGAAAUUCCAUGUGGAUGCACAGGUAGUUCAUACACAUUAGAUGUCAAAUGUAUGACGCCUUUUGGACCAGCUUUUUCAGACAUGUGUUUUAUUUAAUUAACUGGAAGAGCUAUAAUAGAUAUCAACCCUACAAAAAAUGAACAUUAACAUGAACAUUAAUAAAGGAAUGUUUUUUCAUACAAUAUCUUA